AUGGCUCGAGCCCGCGAUGGCCUAUUCUCCGAGAAACAUUACGACGAUGAUGCCGCCCUUGUUCCCUCCGAGUCGGAAUCGGAGAAUGACAACGAGAGCGCAGAGGAGGAGGAUGUCCGAGAGGGUGACAGGGACAUCCUUGACGAAGCUGAAGAGCAUGAGAAGUUACUACACAAGCCCUCGCGCCUAGAAAGAGCACGCGGUGCAUUUGGGCUGCGCGAUGGCAAGCAGGAGGGAGGAAGCAGUAGCAAGCGGCCGACGAAGAGCACAAACCGCAGAUCUCGCAAGAGAGGGAUGAGCACUCCGGACAAGAUGGAGGGCGGCUUCACAGACACCAACUCCGAGGACUCAUUCGAGAUUCAAGCCAGCAAGUGGGAGAUCAAGACCUCGAGGAAGUCACACCGGGGACGUCUGGCCCUGAUGUCCCUUGCGAUCGUUGGCCUCUUCGUCGCCCUGCUGUUUGGUGCAUAUAGGGCGUCAUCCAAGAAACACAAUUUGGCUCCAACAGAGCACCGACUGACCAGGUACAACAAUGGAACCCAUAUUUUCCGCCCGACGACGAUCUUCAUAUCCCUCGACGGUUUCCGCGCCGACUUUCUCAAUCGGAAUAUCACUCCAGCUCUGAGUGCCUUUAUAGCAAGCGGAGUAUCGCCGAAAUAUAUGCUGCCGUCGUUCCCCUCCGUCACCUUUCCAAACCAUUUCACCUUGGUCACUGGUCUCUAUCCGGAGAGUCACGGCGUGGUCAGCAAUCAGUUCUGGGACCCUGAAUUCCAGGAAGAGUUUUGGUACACCAACAUCAGCGUGUCAAUGCAACCGAAAUGGUGGAAUGCGGAGCCGCUAUGGGUGACUGCCGAGCAUCAGGGCGUGCGGUCUGCAAUCCACAUGUGGCCGGGCUCCGAAGCUCAUAUACCAGACGUUGAGCCGACGUAUAUGGACAAAUACAACGGGACUGAAGCGUUACCACGCAAGGUCGAAAGUAUACUACGCUGGCUCGACAUGCCUGGCGACGAUGACGUGGAUGUUGCCGGGAAUCAAGACCUCCGCCCACAGUUCAUUGCUGCCUACGUUCCUAAUGUUGAUGCCGAUGGACAUCUGUACGGCCCGAACAGCACUGAGAUCCGCGCCACGAUUGCCGAUGUGGAUAGCAUGCUGACAAUGCUUGUCGAGGGUCUCCUUGCACGCAACCUCACGGAAAUCGUGAACAUGGUCAUCGUCUCCGAUCACGGCAUGGCGACCACUUCCACAAGUCGACUGGUCCAGCUCGACGAUCUGAUUGAUAUGUCGUUGGUGGAUCACAUCGACGGCUGGCCGCUGCGUGGUCUACGUCUGAAGAACCCUGACCGUGACGUCCCCAUUCUAUACGAGGCGCUAUCUCAGGCAGCAGCGAAAUCAGGGAACUUCGAUGUCUACACUCUUGAAACGAUGCCAGAGCGCUAUCACUUCACCAAGAACGACCGAAUUGCUCCGUUAUGGAUCGUCCCCAAGACUGGGUGGGCUGUGGUCGAAAAGUCCAGUUUCGAUGUGGCUGAGGCAUUGGCGACUGGGAAAGAAUACGAGCCCAAGGGCCUUCAUGGCUAUGAUCAUGAGCAUCCUCUGAUGCGCGCCAUCUUUGUGGCAAGAGGGCCGGCAUUUCCUCACGAACCCAACAGCCAAUUACCUAUUUUCCAGAACAUCGAGGUGUAUAACAUCAUGUGCGAUUCUUUGGGAAUUGUCCCACAUCCGAAUAAUGGGACACUGAGAUUGCCGCUGAAAACUCAAGGCUUACACUCCGAGAACGAUAAUCCGGGCUCAGAGAUCGUGGCGGAUCCAGUCAAAGAUGAGAAACACGAGGGAGAAAAUCCUCCUGCUCCUGAUAAUGACUCGGAUACUUCGAAUCCGUCAACAAAUGAUCCGCUUCAGAAUGGAGAUGAUUCUUCGUCCGAUACGCCUCUGGAAGGUGGUGCUCCGUCCGAUACACCGCAGGGAGAUGGUGCUUCGGCCGAUUUGCUUCCAGAGGAAGACAGCCCUCCAGCCGAUGAAGGCGACAGCGAACAUAGGACCAGCAGCAGUUGGUGGAGCUUCGUCCAUGAACAGCUUGAGAAAGCCAAAGAAUGGGCCAAGGAGUUCGUGGAUUCGAUAAAGGGCAACAAGGAAGGAGAAGGCGAUCCACCUGUGUGA